AUGGGUGCGCCAGCGGCCGCCCAAAGGCCGUCGUUCGUCUCGCUGGGCAUGGUGGUGCUCGACGAGCUUCGCUUCCCUGACCGGCCUUCUCUACAUGACGUCCCUGGCGGCUCAGGUGCCUUUUCAGUCCUAGGGGCUCGGCUGGUGGCCGGACAGGAGAGGGCUGGGCAAGUCGGCUGCUUUAUCUUGGCUGGUAAUGACUUCCCCGAAAGUGCCUUGAGGAGCUUCAGGAGCUGGGGUGUCAACCUAGAUAUACAAGUCGACCCUGCUAGGCCCUCUACGCGAGGGUUGCUCGAAUACAAGGACUCGUCCUUUGGCCGCAAGACGUUUCGAUAUACUACAACGCCAUUACACCCAUCACCAAGAGACCUGCCAGCACAUUUCCUGGAAUCCGCAUCAUUCCACAUCCUUGCCCUCCCCUCUCAGCUCGCAGAUCACGUUAGAGAUCUCGCAAGCUUAAGGCCUGGUGCUCCUGUGCUGGAUCCGCCGCUCUUAGUAUGGGAGCCAACUCCGCCACACUGCAGCCAACAGACCAAAGACGACCACAUGGCGGCUUGCAAACAUGUCGAUGUCUUCUCCCCGAAUCACCUCGAACUCUUGGCCUUCUUCCAAGACAGCAAGCCGGCAGAGGGCGCCUCUCACUUCGAUCCACAGGCCAUCGAAGCCUGUGCAGACGCUUUCCUGGAGUCGGGGAUCGGCCCUUCGGACAAGGGCACCGUGGUCGUAAGAGCCGGUGAAUACGGCUGCCUUGUGUCCUCAUUUACAAUAGAGGGCCGGCAUCGCUGGCUGCCGGCCUUCUAUGCUGAUGCAUCAUCAGUAGUCGAUGCGACAGGCGGCGGGAACACGUUCCUGGGUGCAUUCACAUAUGCAAUGGCUGCUUGCAACAAGAGCCCCGUGGAUGCGGCUGCGCUCGCCAAUGUAGCGGCGACCUUUGCGCUGGAGCAGAUUGGAACGCCUACUCUAGAGAAGGUUGAGGGCCAGAGAGAGCGGUGGAAUGGCAGCGAGUUUGACACACGUUUUCAAGCAUAUCAGCAAAUGUUGUCGAGGUGA